ACAAGUACCCUGAUAACCCGAACCCGAGUCCGGAGCUGAAAACCCCAGCAAAACCCUGAUCUGAAACCCUUCUGUAGCAAGGAGGAGAAAGUGAGAGACUUUCCUUUCUUCACUUUUCUGGCGCUUUGGUGUUUCUCCUCCUUUAAUCCUCCAUUUCAACAAACACCUGCUGUGCAACUUUGUAAAGCGGGCCAAGAAUGGGGAAAGUAACCAAAUCGUCUGUUCUGACUUUAGCUGAGAAAUGCAAGAAAAUAUUAGCAUCAAAUUGGCAAGGUAACCUUAACACCAUUAAAGCUGAUGCUAAGGGAAGCAAACAGGAUAUACACAGUUCUAAAGUUAAGUAUUUUGUCAAGAAAGGGAAACCGUACAUAUGGGUACCUGAGAAGGACUUGCAUAAUGUGAACACAAUCAUUGAUGAGCGUGGUUCUUUCUCAGUAACGGCUCCUUUCCCUGGCCCACUUGCUAAUCUGUUUAUGUCGAUAAAAAGGCUGCCAACUCGGGUUGCUCUGAUGGGUGAUGUCGUGCCUCUUAAAGAUAAAAAGGCUGAAUUGGCUGCAGAUACCCUUAGGGAGAUUACAUCAUCGGAGCAUAAAACAGUAAAGGAUUCAAGUUAUUCAGUUUCUGCUAUAUUGAGUACAUCUUGUCUCAGUUAUACCUCCCGUAGUGACAACCUCCAGGAGUUACUAGAUGAGAAUAACAAAUAUAGUGUGUACAAAUUUAAUAUAAGUUCUUGCAUGUAUAUUGACAGCAAUGGAGGUAACCAUGAAGUGGCUCUAGAGGAUAUUGAAGCAUCAAAGACAGAUCCUUUAUCGCCUUUCUGUACAAGCCUGAUUGAUGGAAUUAAUCGAAGUGAGAUGAGGCGCAGAGCUUUAAUCCUCUUCUGUAUGACGCACUUGAAUGAAAAUGCCAAGGAUGCCUUUCUGCUUUCAAUAGACCGAAGGGGAUUUGAUGUGCUGGGAAAAGUUCUCGGUCCAGUGCAGGGUGAUGGGUCUCGUGAGUACCGGUGGAAGGAGUUCAGAAUUGCACUCAAGAAAGAGGCAGCCGAUGUAGAAACAUUCUGUCAUCAGCUAGUUGAAAUGGAAGAGGAAGCACUCAAGAGCGUGUCUAGUUUUACCGGCCUAUGAUCAAUACUUUUGCAUGGCACACGAGUCGCAGAUGAAAGUAAGAUGCAACAAAGUUAAAAUAGACUCUAAUUGAAGUUGGGAAAUAUUUGUACAUUAUAAAUCUGGUUGCUAUAGGAAAGAAAUGCGUAUUUUAUGCAA